GUCUGUUCUCUUACAGCUACUGAUAUAUCUGCCCAUCUGGCCCAUAGCAGUGGCUCGUGAGAAUUACACCAACGCUGUCAAUGAGAAGUCGACUCUCCAGCUUGAGUGCGCUUACGUUGUCCUUGACUUCUGUUUGAUAUUAUUCGAGGGACGACCCCGAACCAGAGCUACCUUUUUCCUUUGUCGUCAUCUCGGUGCGUUUCGAUUUACUCUGAGACACCACACAUCAGUGCCUAAACGUCAGCCCUUUGCUAGUGCUCAGUUGAGAAAAGUGCCGAAGACAGGUCUCCGACCAGACAGGCCCAUGAAGUCUAUAUUCACUUGCCAGUCUAAGUGCAACUCUACACUGCCUCUGCCUUUCAAUGAGCCCAUAGCAGAAUUGGCUCACUUUCUUGGAUGUACUACCUUUCAUAUAAAUCCUAAACAACUCCAUCCUACCACAUACGACCAUAGGGUGUGGAAAACAGGGCUUCCCGUCCGCUCAGCCGUACUUAAGCCACACGCCGGCCGGUUAGUAGUUGGGUGGGUGACCACCAGCGAAUCCCGGCUGUUGUAUGUUUUUUCCUCACCUGGUCUUUUCUUUUUUACUUUAUUAUAUGCCAUUGCUGUCCUUGCUGAAACCUUUAAGGCAGAUGCAGCUGCUGUCAGAAUCUAUGCUGCCCCUUAA